ACCGACUAUUAAUAGCUUCCGUAAUGAAGUCUGAGGAAGGAAGGGUUAAUACGACCGUUUACUUUUUAUUUUUUUUUAAAUUGACUGUGUUUCUACCAGACUAGAGGUUUAACCCAUAUCCUGUGGCACACGGCUUCAACGAAGUCGAAGAUCAUGUCGGCUGUCAAGGUCGCCCUGCAGCACGCUCAGAAAAACGGCAGGAGAAAAACCUCUGAAGCGAUGUCUGUGGAAGUGUCUCCCGACUCCAAGUGUCCCAUCUGUUUGGACGGUUUUCACAACGUUUCUUACUUGGAUCGUUGCCUGCACAAGUUCUGCUUUCGCUGCAUUCUUGAGUGGUCCAAGAACAAAGCCGAGUGUCCACUCUGCAAACAGCCGUUCAAUACAAUCUAUCACAGUAUAAAAUCCGAGCAAGACUUUCAAAAGUAUGAACUGAAGCAGCAAGUGGAGAACUCCUCUUUUGGGUAUUUCGAGGGAGUGAGGUUCAGGUACCGCACCACUCUUACCGGUGUCCAUCGGCAGAUGCGAGGAAGAACCUCUCCGCCUCCGGAUAACGGGGUGAUGUUUGAAGCUUCGGCGCAUCCUCCCUUUCAGCGGCAAGAUCGCUACAUUCGGCGCAUGAUGGCGCGGUUGGCAGCCAGAAGGAGAGCCGAGAGCGAAGGCAGGACGGUGAACAAUGUCAGAGAGCAAGAGAUGGUAAAUUUCCGAAGGGAGCUGUACAGACAGGGUGUCAGGGUUCGCAACGUUCGAGACGGCGGCCGCUCUCGGGACACCUCCGCCGAGUUCUACCGCAGAAACCCCGCCUGCCUGCAUAGAUUGGUGCCCUGGUUAAAAAGAGAACUCACCGUGCUGUAUGGAGCUCAUGGCUCUUUGGUCAACAUAGUUCAACAUAUCAUCAUGUCACGCAUCACACGCUACGAUAUGGAAGACGGCGCGAUUCAGGAAGAGCUGAGGCCGUUCCUCCAGGCUCGAACCGAGCACUUCCUGCACGAAUUCAUCAGUUUCGCCAAGUCCCCCUUCAACAUGGAGGGGUACGACCAGCACGCAGUUUAUGACUGUCCGGCCCCCUCCUCCAACGAAGACAGCAACUCCAACUCGUCCGUUAUUGCCAUCUCAGAAGAAGAGGAGAACCUUGUAGAGAUAGAACAACCAGGAGGAUCUACUUCUUCUCUGAGUCAGUCUGUGUGGGAUGAUGAGACUCCUGGUCCAUCGUAUUCAACAACAGCAGAUCCAGGAAGGAUAAGUCAUCUGUCGGUCCAUGACUCGGACUCUGAAAGCAGUUCAGACGGGGGCGUUCAAGAGUUUAGGGCUCCUCAACAGCGAGUGAGUCCAAGAAACCAAAUAGACAUGACUCAGGAGAACUGUAAUGAUGAAGAUUGUCUGUCUUCUGACAGUGAUGACUGUGUUAUCAUAGGAUUUGUUAAGCCAACAAAAGAAAGGACUCCCGAGCUGGUUCAGCUGUCCUCUGAUUCUGAUGAGUCUUUCGGUGAAGACGCCAAAGCUGCGGCUCUCCAACCUAAACACAUUCGUUUCCCCAGUUGUAGUCCAGCAGCUUCACUGAGGAGUGAAUGCAGCGGCUCCAGACGAACAGAAAACCAGAGAAACUAUCAAUAUCCCAAGUCAAACGAGGAGUGCGGCUCAUCGAAAUCAAGCAGAUGUAAAACAUCCAAAGAGUCUCACAAUAAAGAGACAGACCGAAGACACUGCAGUGAGAAGCAGCCAAGGGAAAGGUACAGGUCAAAGGAUAAAGAGCACAGAAGGCAGAGACGGUCAAAAAGCGGAGAGCAUAGACAAUCAAGCAGAAGUCCAGACGCCUCACAGAGUCAGUCCAUCGACGGGAGUUACUCUUACAUUAGCAAAGACUUUUCCAAACGUGACAGGAGGUAUAAGGAUAGAGGCAGUUAUUACUACAAUCAGACAUAUAGCCAUCACAGACAUGAGACAGAUUGCACACGUAAGCAGGCCAACCAUCACAGCAGCUACAAGUACUCUGGGAAGCACGUUCGAUCUCGCUCCGGGAGCCCCAGCAGGGGGACAAGGGGACGGGACGGGACCAGGUCUCCAUCCAGGACUUCCUUCAGCAGCUGCUCCCCUUCGUCGAGAAGAAAGACAUACUGCGACAAGCCUGGCGGGAAGAGAAAAUACAAAACAAGACACUUAGAGGACCCAUCCACACAAAGGCACCACAGCCAGGAUGAAGACGAGGACUCUGUGUCAACUGCACACAAGAAAAAAGCUAAAGAGAGGCGUCAUAAAAAAUCCAAAGAAAGGCAGAGAAAGAACAGCAGCAGCUUAGAGUCAAAAGAGCAAAGAAAACACCAUAAAAAGAAGAAGAAACACAAGAAGAAAAGUAGACGGCAAAGGAGUGAUGAGCACAAAAAUACCUACUUACCCUCCGUCAUCGUCAUGGGGAGCAAAAAUGAGUCUUCAGCUAAAAACAUGCAGGUGUUAAGCACAGAUGAGGAAAAAGACACAGGUGGUUCUGCUGUCAAUCCAGUAGACUCUGACUCUAUCGAUUAACCACCUGGCAUAUUUAUAUGGUUCUAUCUAACUUCAACACAGAUGCCAGUAUCUCAAGAAAAGAGUAUUCUUUAAUGCAUAAAUAAUUCUGCCUUAAAAGCUCCUUAUCUACUGUGCUGUUGAAGUAUGGACUUUUGUAUUCAAUUUUAAGAAUAAAAUCUAGUCAUUAACAAUGGA